AUGCACUCUCGUCGGACGAUUGGUGAAGAUUUUUUUGGUGAAGAGUGUGCCAAUUUAGACAGAGAAGCGGUACAACUGUGUAAAAUACAACUGGACCAUCAAGUGUUAGAGCUCGGGUUUGGUCCAGGUAUCGGAAUUGAAGCCGCUUGCCAACUUGUCAAAGGUCUGGGACACCGAAACGGGGUCAUUGCUGUGGGGCCACAGGUAAAAGGUAAAGUUUAUGGAGUUGACUUCUCGGACGAAAUGGUUAUCGCCGCGACAAAACGUGUGAAAAAAGACAUCGACGAUGGAAAGGUGGAACUGAUCAACGGUGAUGUAACAGACCUAUCAUGUUUCGCGUCCAACACAUUUGACCGAGUUUUCCAUUGCAACUGUUACUACUUCUGGCCAGACAUGGAUACGAUUACAAGUGAACUUCAUCGUGUGGAGAAAUUAAAUUCACGUACGAACAAAGCGCUUGAAGGACCUAGGCCUUUUUCGAUAUGGUAA